AUGUCGGAAGUCGACUACGCCCUCUUCGAGGCGCCCGUGGGCUACGCCCUCUUCAAGGUGGUGCAUCAGGCUGAUGUCGUGGGGCUCAAGUCCAAGGAGGGCCAAGAGUCGGCCAACGAUCUGGCCAAUGGCCAGAAGGAGGCGCUAGAGAACGUCAACGAGAUUUCCGAGGGUCAGAUGCCUGACUACCUGAAGGACGUGCUCGAGAUCAACCUGCCCAAGACUAGCGGCAAGAAGGCGCAGAUCAUCCUCGGUGUCUCAGAGAAGAACCUAGCUGGUGCCAUCAAGUCGGCCUUCCCCGGCGUCGUGUGCAAGACGGCCGAUACCUCCGACGUCGUGGCUGAGCUGCUCCGCGGCAUUCGUGUCCACGCCGGCAAGCUCAUCGAGGGUCUGGACCAGGCCGACCUCCUCCAGGCUGGCCGCGGUCUCGGCCACGCUUACUCCCGUGGAAGGAUCAUGUUCGACCCGAAGAGGAACGACCGCAGCAUCAUCGAGUCGAUCAAGACCAUCGAAGUGUUGGACAAGAUGAACAACAAGAACUACAUGCACCUGCGCGAGUGGUACGGAUGGCACUUCCCCGAGCUGAGCAAGAUUGAGCCCGACCACUAUACGUACGCAACGCUGGUCAAGGCCAUCGGUGACAAGAAGACGCUCAACGACGAGCGCCUGCAUGAGCUUGCCGGCCUCCUGGGCGAGGAUGGUGACAAGGCCCAGGCCAUCAUUGACGCCGCCAAGGUGUCCAUGGGCCGCGAGAUCAGCGUCGAGGACCACGCCAUGAUUGAUGCCCUCAUCGAGCCUCUCAACGGCGCCUUUGAGCUGCGCAAGUCGACGGCGCUCAACCUCGAGAAGACCCUCGACACUGUCGCCCCCAACCUGCAGAUGCUCGUCGGCACCAUGGUGUCCGCCCGCCUCAUCGAAGCCGCCCAGGGCCUCAACAACCUGGCCAAAAUGCCCGCCUCGACGCUGCAGAUCCUCGGUGCCGAGAAGGCCCUCUUCCGCGCUCUCAAGGCCAAGUCCAACACGCCCAAGUACGGUCUCAUCUUCCACAGCAGCUUCAUCGGCCGCGCCUCGCAGCGUGACAAAGGCCGCAUCUCGCGCUACCUCGCCAAUAAGUGCAGUAUCGCCUGCCGUAUCGACUACUUUGCCGAGGAGCCCUCCAUCAAGUGGGGUCGUGCCCUGAAGAAGCAGAUCGAGGACCGUCUCGAGUUUUACGCCACUGGAAAGCGUCCCGCCAAGAACACAGAUGUGAUGGCUGAGAUCGAGGCCCUAGAGGAUGGUGCCGACCUCAACGAGGAGGACCCGGACCAAGACCAAGAAAUGGCUGGGGCAGAGGAUGAGGAAGAGGAGGUCAAGUCCAAGAAGGAGAAGAAGGAUAAGAAGGACAAGAAGGACAAGAAGGACAAGAAGGAUAAGAAGCGUAAGGGCGAGGAUAACGACAGCGAGAAGAAGAAGAAGAAGAAGAAGUCCAAGUCUGCCGACGAUGACUAG